UCGUCCCGGCCGUGGCGGCGGCGGGUGCGCGUGGCGGGGCCGGUGCCGCGCCCGCCCGCCCCGGGCCGCGCCAUGAAGAGCCUCAAGUCCCGCUUGAAGAAACAUGAAGCGGUCAUCGCGGGCAGCACGCUCAACACAGACUGGAACAAAUAUGAUGACAGGUUGAUGAAAGCAGCAGAGAGAGGGGAUGUGGAGAAGGUUUCAUCCAUCCUUGCCAAGAAAGGAGUCAGUCCUACCAAACUGGAUGUGGAAGGGAGAUCUGCGUUCCACGUUGUGGCCUCCAAGGGAAACCUGGACUGCCUGAACACCUUCCUGGUUCAUGGAGCUGAUAUCACAGCCACUGAUGCUGCAGGCAGGAACGCCUUGCACCUAGCCGCGAAAUACGGACAUGCUUUGUGUCUGCAGAAGCUGCUGCAGUACAACUGCCCAACAGAGAAUGUGGAUCUUCAAGGAAGAACUGCUCUUCAUGAUGCAGCUAUGUCAGACUGUUCCUCCAGCAUACAGCUGCUCUGCGAUCAUGGGGCCUCAGUGAACUCAAAAGAUGGAGAUGGGAGGACACCGCUAGUGCUGGCCGCUCAGAUGUGUCGUCCCACCGUUUGUCAGCUUCUGAUAGACAGAGGAGCAGAUGUUAAUGCCAGGGACAAACAAAACAGGACUGCCUUAAUGCUAGGCUGUGAAUACGGCUGCAAGGAUGCAGUAGAAGUGUUGCUCAGGAAUGGUGCUGAUGUUAGUUUGACUGAUGGCCUUGGUCAUGACUGUGCUUACUAUGCCCGAAUUGGUGACAAUAUUGACAUUUUGGCUUUAAUAAAAGCUGCCCUUGAGGAUUCCAGCAAAGCAAGAGGCAGCAUGAAGAGAGGGCAGCCUGAACAAAAGGUCACUAACAUGUCACAGAAGUGGAACCGGCUGCACACGCAGGAGGAUGUGAAUGUCAAGCUGUAUCAGAAGGAUCAUAAUGCUCAGGAAUUGGAGUUAGAAAAUCAAGAUUUGAAAGACCGGAUGAGAGAAGUGCAAGAGGAGCAAAGGAUGCUGCUGGAUAGGAUCAGUGGGCUCCAGCUCCAGCUCAACGAGGAGCAAAUGUUUGCAGAUGAUCUUGAAAAUGAGAAGGAUGAGUUGAAGAAAAUCCUAACCAGCAAGGAGAAACAGCAGGAGGAAAGCUUGAGAACUAUCGAAGCCCUCAAAGCCAAACUCAAGUACUACGAGGUUGACUUGCUGGGACCUGGAAGUAACUUUGGGAACAGAAAAGAAGAUUUGCUGCUUAAACAAGGCCAAGUGUUUGCAGUGGAGUCUCAGUCUAGGUCGAUGCUGAGACCCCUGGAGCUCUCCCUGCCCGCCCAAUCAUCCACCUCAGAGAAGGAAACUUUAAAGAGGGAGCUUGACAACGUGAGGACCUGCUAUGGCGCAGCAAAGGAGGAGAUCAGCAAGCUGCAGAGAGAGCUCUCUCACAAGGUGUCGGAGUGCAAAGCUCUGGCGUCAGAGUGUGAGCGAACCAAGGCAGAAUCUGAUGGGCAGAUAAAGCAACUGGAAGAUGCUUUAAAGGAUGUGCAGAAGAGGAUGUUUGACUCUGAAGGCAAAGUGAAGCAAAUGCAGACCCACUUUCUGGCUCUGAAAGAUCACCUGACGAGCGAAGCCGCCGCGGGGAGCGGCAAGGCGACGGAGGAGCUGAAGGAGCAGCUGAAAGAAAUGAAAGCCAAGUACGAAGGAGCCUCUGCUGAGGUGGGGAAACUGAGGAACCAGAUUAAGCAGAAUGAAUUGCUGGUGGCAGAAUUCAGGAGAGAUGAAGGAAGGCUCGUGGAGGAAAACAAAAGGUUGCAGAAGGAACUUGCCAAGUCGGAGGUGGAGCGAGAUAAAAGGGGGAGAAACGUGGUGGAGCUGGAGGGGCAGCUGAAAGAGGCGGCGGCGAAGUUAGCCUGCUCUGUGCCCUCAGAGGAGUUCGAAGGCAUGAGGAGCUCCUUGUCCAGCGAGGUGAAUGAGAAAGCAAGGAAGCUGGCAAAGGUGGAAGGAGAGUGUGACAAGCUGCAGGCAGAGAUCCUGCUUUUAAAGAGGGAAUCUGAGAGUCAGAAGGCCAAGCUUGCUCAGCACAUCAGGCCAGAAGAGCACGAGCGGAUGAGGAGUGGCUUUGAGCAGAAGACCGAGGAGCUCGGGAAGACCAUCUCUGAGCUGUCUCAGAAGCAGCAGGCUCUGCAGAAGGAGCUGGAGAGAUCCCAGGUGGAUAACAAGAUGCUGAAGCAGCAAAUCCAGAUGCUGAAAACUGAAAUGAAAAGCCAGAAUGUGCCUUUAAAAAUUCAUGAGGAGCUGAAGAAAACAAACGACCAGGCUGUCGGGGACCUGACCAAGAAGCUUUUCGACGUGACAAAGAAGUACAACGAAAGCCAAGCAGAGGCCGAGAAGCUGCUGGCGGAGAAGAACAGCUUAAACGAGACUGUCAGCCGCUUGCAGGCUGUGUACCUGUCACCUGAGCAGCACAAAAGAGAAGUGGAAGCUUUAAAAUCUGCUGGUGUUGAGCUGGAAAAGCAGCUUGCUGAGCUCCGGAGAAGAUGUGAUGAGGAAGAAGCCAAGGUGGGCAAACUGGCGUCUGAAAACGCAGCCAUGAGAGAGGCUGUCCGGGAUCAGUACGUGCUGGCCGCCACGCACGAGGAGGUGAAAGCAGUCCUGAACAGCACCCUGGAGAAGAGUAACAGGGAGCUGUCAGAGCUGAAGGGAAAAGCUGAGGAGAUCAAGCAAGAAUUCCUGAGGGUCAGCGAGGAAAAUGGGACUCUGAAAAACCAGGUGAGGCUCCUGGAGGAUCGGCUGCGCACGGAGUUUGUGAGCGUGGAAGACCACGAGAGCACCGUGGCUGCCUUGAAGAGGAGCGUGCAGGAGCUUCAGGAGAGCAAUGCUGCCAUGACAGCUGAAUGUAAGAGGGGUCAGGAAGAGGUUUUGCAGUUGCACGCAGAAAUUGAAGCCCAGAAGAAGGAACUCGACACGAUUCAGGAAUGCAUCAAGUCCAAGUACGCCCCGCUCGCCUCCUUUGAAGACAGAGAGCAAAGCUUUGAAGCCACGGUGAGAGAGCUGAAAGCACAACUGCAGGAGCAGGCACAGAAGUGCAGGGAGAGCCAGGAGGAAAGCCAGAAGCUGAAAGUGGAGAAUGAAAAGCUCAGGGAGGGCGUUCUGUCCAUCCAGAGCGACCUGCAGCAGAACUACGUCCUCGCCGAGAGGUCGCGUGAGGUGGAAAGAACGUUUGCAAGCAAAAUGGAGGAGCUGAACAAGCAGCUGAGGGAACUGCUGCAGAAAUACACAGGCGACAGGGAGGAGAAACCUCAGCUCCACCAGGGCCCUGAGCUGCCUCUGCAGGCUCAGCAGCUCUCAGCAGAGCAGAUUGAAGCCUUGAAGACGACUCUUGGUCGCACUGUAGAAGAGCUGAAGGAAGCCCUGAGGAGUAAGCGGGAGUGUUACGAGAAAGAAACGCUGAGAGUAGGAGAACUGCAGCAGGAGCUGGCAGGUCUGAAGGAGUCUUCAGUACCCUUGGUGGAAUACACACAAAUGAAGGAAAAGCUUGAAGAGGAAAUUGCAGCCAUCAAAACCAGCUUGAAGGAAAAGGAAGAGGAAAGCCAAGUUAAAAAUGAGGAAAUCUUGAAGCUGCAGUCUGAGAUUCAGCUUAGUCAGCGAGCUUUAGCAGAGCUGGAGAGCAAAGAAGUGGUUGAGCUGUCUGAAUACAGCUCCAUGAAGAGUUCUCUGGAGGCCCAGCUUAGUGGCAUGGCUGAGAACUUGGCCAACGUGAGCAAGAAGUACGAGGAGGCGUGUGAGGAGGCUGUGCAAGCCAAAAGGAGUGAGCUUGCCUUGAAGGAUGAGAAGGAGUUGCUUCAGCUAAGGAGCUGCAGCAUCGAGCAGGAAAUUAAAGACCAGAAGGAACGGUGUGAUAAAUCCCUGACCACAAUCAUUGACUUGCAGAAGAGAAUUCAGGAGUCUGCAAAGCAGGUGGAAGCCAAGGAUAACAAGAUAACAGAGCUGCUGAACGACGUUGAGCGGUUGAAGCAAGCCCUGAACGGUUUGUCCCAGCUUACCUACACCACUGGGCUCCCCUCCAAGAGGCAGAACCAGCAGGUUGAAAUGCUCCAGAACCAAGUGAAAACUCUGCAGCAGCAGCUGGCUGAUGCUAAAAGGCAGCACCAGGAGGUGGUUUCGGUUUAUCGGACACAUCUUCUUAGCGCCGUACAGGGUCACAUGGAUGAAGAUGUCCAAGCUGCUUUACUACAGAUCAUCCGAAUGAGACAGGGACUUGUUUGCUGAGGUGCUGUAGUGCCAUUGCUCUUGAAGGCUGCUGCAUCCUGUAGGAGUGCUGUGAUGAUGCUGCUGAUGGUAGUGAUGACCUUCAGGAGAUGUAUCCAGUUGUGGUAGCCUAGCUGCAAUUAGAACCUGCAAACCUCCAAAGCUGAAGCAUUUUCUCUCCUUGUCAAACACUAAAGCAGGGCUGCUGACUCUCAGAUCUGACGCUGCAAGGGAAGAUGUGGAGCAUCUUCACAGGCUGACUGUCAAGAUGAUGACAUGGUAGAUAAAUUAUUGUGAUGUCUGAUUGACCCAACUGGCUAAAGCAAGGCCUAGAAACUCCAGGUUUUGUGACCUUCUGAUGCUGUGGUUAUCAAACAAACUGUUCACAAGGGCUGGGCUAAGUGUGGUAGCUGUACAUUUCCUCUUCAUGAUGAAGAGAAAGUGGAUGGUUUGUCGCAGAAGCUGAUGAAGACCACCUCAAGUGUGCUUGGGAAGUCAGCUGCAGAGGUAGAGGAGAGCUGUUUUAGGGGUGUGUUGUAACUUGGCUGGCCAAGUUGCAGCCUUUAUUUAAAGCCAAGCUUCAGCUGUAGUGCCUUUGCUUUUGCUGCAAGACUUAAAUCAGGUUGGCCAUCAAAGCACUCAUUUUGCUUGCUCCCUUUCUCCCUCCCCCCAGGUUAUUUUUUUGUUGUUGCUGUUGUUGUUCCAGGAAUGGUUUAUUACAUUGAUGAGUGGAGGCUGAAAUUGUGGGGCUGGAGUGUCACAGCUUGUAGAGCAGCAGUUUGGCUCUAAGUGCAACAGUCCUGCUUCUCAUUUCAUUCCUCAUUAAGCCUCAUAUGGGUGUGCAGGGUGAGCAGCUCGUUAAACUGGACACUAAAUGAUUCAGGUAUUGGAUUUUCCAACACCUAUCUCAUGGAAGCUGAAGGCAUUUUCCACUUAACUGGGAUUUAUGCACUGCAAUCUCCAGAUGCAAAUGGUGAAGAUGAAUGAGAGGAGGCUUUUUUAUUUGCCUUGGGAUCUACCUGGCUUAAUGCAAGACAGGAAUUGGGCAGUAACUGAAGGGAGAUGCUCCCAUAAAUAAGUGUUUUAUGGAAGAGAACAUGAAAUUAGGGACUAAUCAAAGGAAGCAAUUGAGAAAUGAGCUGGCUAAUGCAUGUGGCUGGUGGAAUAAAGCAAAGUGCUCUCAGUGGCUGUGUUAACUUCAGCCUCCUUGCUUGAGAGCUUAGAGCUUGGCACAUGGCAAUCUGGCAUCAUGAUGCAAAGCAGACAAGCUUCCCAUCCCUGUUCCUGAAAAACAAGGACUUAAGGCAGGGCGCAGACUUGGGAAGCCCACUGUUUCCUGAGCUUCCCAACAAGCUGCCCCUCACAGGCUUAGGCCUCCUUUAGUUGG